GGUGGUAAGAACCGGAGACGUGGAAAGAACGAGAACGACGACGACAAGCGCGAGCUAGUCUUCAGAGAAGAUGGGCAGGAGUACGCCCAAGUCAUCAAGAUGUUGGGGAACGGUCGGCUUGAAGCACAGUGUUUCGACGGCGAGAAGCGGUUGGCCCACAUUCGGGGCAAGAUGAGGAAGAAAGUCUGGAUCAACCAGGGAGAUAUCAUUCUUCUGUCUCUGCGUGAAUUCCAGGACGACAAGGCGGAUGUAAUUGUCAAGUACACUGCCGACGAGGCUCGUAGUCUCAAAGCGUACGGAGAGCUCCCGGAGAACGCAAAGAUCAACGAGACCGAUACGUUCGGCGACGAGGAGGGCGAGUGUACAUUCGAGUUCGGCGACGAAGGCGAGGUCGACAUCGACGACAUUUAA